GUCCCUCGUGCGAGCCCUGCUCCUCAUGGGUGCUAUUUGGCAAUUCCUGCUUCUGCUAUUGGUCAGUGUUUGAUCAUAUGGUUGUAUUUCCUUCUGUCCCUCACUGGCACCUCGCCAUCCCCCUUCAGCUAAAACCCAAUCUCGGAUAUACUACUAAUAGCUAAGGCGCUCGGACUAUAAAACACAACAAAUCAUAAAAGCCCGCUCAGCAGCACCGGCCGCGCCUCCCCUCCCAAUGAGUUCCUAUUUUGUGAACUCCACCUUCCCGGUUACUCUGUCCAACGGACAGGAGUCGUUCCUGGGUCAGCUCCCGCUGUACUCCUCGGGCUAUGCGGAUCCUUUAAGACACUACCCCGCGGCGUAUGGGACCGGGGCGGUCCAGGACAAGGGCUUUGCCUCUUCUUCCUACUACCCACCGGCGAGCGGGGGCUAUGCCCGGGCUGCGGCUUGUGACUACGGGCCAGCCGGCUUCUAUAGGGAGAAAGAGUCUGCCUGCGCUCUCUCCAGCGGCGAAGAGCCUGCCCCCUUCCACCCCGAGUCGAGGAAGUCAGACUGCGCCCAAGACAAAAAUGUUUUCGGAGAGAGUGAGGAGCAGAAGUGUUCCACGCCUGUCUAUCCUUGGAUGCAGCGGAUGAAUUCAUGCAACAGUUCUUCUUUUGGGCCCAGCGGGCGGCGAGGCCGUCAGACAUACACCCGCUACCAGACCCUGGAACUGGAGAAGGAGUUCCACUACAAUCGCUACCUGACCCGGAGAAGACGUAUCGAGAUCGCGCACGCCCUGUGCCUGACCGAGAGACAGAUCAAAAUCUGGUUCCAGAACCGACGGAUGAAAUGGAAGAAGGAGAACAAGAUGCUCAACUCUUCCCAGCUCAGCCCGGAGGCAGAGGAAGAAAAGCCCACAGAGUGAUCUACAGGAAGGA